AUGUCAAAGAAUUCACGUUCAUCUUCUACAGCAGUUAAUUCAUCUCAACGAAAUUUACAUAAUCCUCUUAUGAGAACUCCUGUUUCAGAUAUCUCUAACAGAUCUCCUCUUUCAGAUAUCACAAAUGUUACUUCACCGAAUGAAAGGCGUAAGCUUCGAAAAUUAAUACUUGAUAAUAAGAAAUUAAAGAAUGUGUGGUCAUCAUCAGCUGCUAAUUCAUCUCAACGAAAUUUACGUAGUAAGAGUCCUCUUACGAGAACUCCUGUUUCAGAUAUCUCUAACAGAUCUCCUCUUUCAGAUAUCACAAAUUUUACUCCACCGAAUGAAAGGCGUAAGCUUCAAAAAUUAACACUUGAUAAUAAGAAAUUGUUAAAUGCAUCGUCAUCAUCAACGAAUGUUCGUAACAUCUUUUCUGACAAAGCAAAUAUGGUUGAAUGUUCUGAUUCUACGGAUCAACAUAUAUACUCCAUUGCGUGUCCAGCAGUUAGAAAUGCUACUGGUUCUUUAAUUUCAACUACACCAGGUACACCAGCAGAUAGCAACAGUCGAUAUUCCAUUACUUCUAGCAUCAUUAGCAGUAACAAUCAGUUGAUAUUGGGUAGUAACUCUACGCUUACACGGCUGUCUUCUGGUAAACGUAACCUUGAGCACAAGAAGCGUGAUAAUACUCCUGUACCUAUGCUCUCUUUGGAUUCCGAUCAAGAAAAUGUGUUCUUUUGCACUGAUGAAGAACCUUAUAAAGGGAUAUCUAAAGAUUAUUUGGACCAUGGUGACCAAGUGCUUACAUGUCAGCUUUGUAGUGCAAAGUUAUGGGCAUCGGAAGGUGGAAAAGGUCGUUUAACUUUAAAUAAGCUAUGUUAUGGUAUGUGUUGUGGGUAUGGUAAAGUUCAGCUACCGCCUUUAAAGGAUGCACAUCCGUCUUAUCAAAAUUUGUUUUCUUCCUCAAAUCCAAAAAGCAAGUUCUUCCCGAAGAACAUAAGACGAUACAACUCUAUGUUCUCUUUUACAUCUAUGGGUGGAAAGCUUGAUUCUAAUAUCAACAAGGGCAAUGCUCCAUUUAUAUAUCGUAUCAGUGGCCAAAACUAUCAUUGCAUGGGGAGUCUCAAACCUCCAGCUGGAAAUGAAGCUAAGUUUUGUCAGCUAUACAUACAUGAUAAUGAAAAUGAAAUAACAAACAGACAGGCAUUCCUCAGCAAAAGAAUCAAACCUUCAUCGCCUGCUGAUAAAGAACUUGAUGUUGAAAUGAUAAAGUAUUUGAGGGCUUUAUUAGAUUCACAAAAUAUGUUGGUUAAGACAUAUAGGAUGGUCAGAAACCAUUUUCACCAAUCUCCAGAUGCCAACCUUAGUCUUCGACUAAUUUAUAGAAGAGAAAAAGACGGCAGGACAUAUAACUUACCCACCACAUCUGAAGUUGCUGCUUUGGUUGUCGGAGACAUAGAUAAAGCUAUAGACCAUCGUGAUAUUGUUGUCCAGACGCAGUCGGGAAUGCUGCAGCGUAUUAGCGAAUUACACCCAUCGUAUCUUGCUCUUCAAUAUCCGUUACUUUUUCCAUAUGGUGAUGAUGGUUAUAGAGUUGACAUUCCUCAUAGAGAUUUUAUGUUGUUACAACAGUUUUUGGUUGAUGCGUACACAAUGAUUGAGAGCGAAAGAUUAAAUUACAUUCGUAGGCAACAAGCGAACCUUCGCUCUGAAACAUUUGAGAAUCUUCAAAAGUAUAAAUCUAAAGGUAAGGAAGUUUUAACAGAUACUGGAAAGCCUGUUAUACUUCCUUCUUCAUUUACUGGUGGUGCCAGAUACAUGCAACAAAAUUACCUCGAUGCAAUGGCCUUAUGUAAGUGGAAGCUUGAUUCCUUAAUCAAAGAUUUUAAGGAUUCCAAGUAUUUUGGUGAGAUUAACGCUGUUGUUUAUACAGUAGAAUUUCAAAAGCGUGGUCUUCCUUAUGCACAUAUAUGCUUAUUCAUGAAGGUCGAUCACAAACUUCCAACCAUUGAUCAUAUAGAUCCAUUUAUUUCUGCUGAGAUUCCCGAUAAAAAAGAAGAUCAUGAAGUUUAUUCUCUUGUGACUGAUUAUAUGAUUCAUGGUCCGUGUGGGAAUGCUAAUUUGAAUUGUCCUUGCAUGGUUGAUAAAAGAUGUUCAAAAAACUUUCUGAAGAAAUUCACACCACAUAUAACUAUUGAUUCAAAUGGUUUUCCUGUAUACAGAAGAAGAGAUUCAGGUCAUACAGUUAUAAAAUCUGGUGUUAGAUUAGACAACAGAAAUGUUGUUCCUUAUAACAAAAGGCUUUUGAAAAGAUAUCAAGCACACAUUAAUGUUGAAUGGUGUAAUCAAGCCGGUUCAGUGAAAUAUUUGUUCAAGUACAUCAACAAAGGUCCUGAUAUGGCUACUACGGUAGUUUCUAGUGAUACAAGUUCAACCAUCAAAGAAAAGCCAAAAGACGAGAUCAAGGAGUAUUAUGAUUGUAGAUAUAUUUCAGCUUGUGAGGCAUCCUGGAGAAUAUUCUCUAAUGAGGUUCACUAUAGGUAUCCUGUUGUUAUGAGGCUUCCCUUUCAUUUGCCCGGCCAACAGAAUGUUGUGUAUGGUGCUGAUGACGAUAUUGAUAAUGUUUUAAGCAAGCCUUCUAUUGCUUCUUCAAUAUUUAUGCAAUGGAUGAAGUUGAACGAGACAAAUAAAGAUGCUAGAAAGCUGACUUAUGUUGAGUUUCCUUCCAAAUUUGUUUGGAUACUUAAAGAUAGAUGUUGCCAGUGUGUUGGCCGGAUUCAUUCUGUAUCUCCUGCUUUGGGUGAACCUUAUUUUUUGAGGAUACUACUGAAUAAAGUUAAAGGACCUAGAUCAUUUGAGGAGAUACGUACAGUUAACGGUCAAUUAUUCCCGACUUUUAGAGAUGCUUGCUAUGCGAUGGGACUUUUAGAUGAUGACAAUGAAUACGUUGAGGCCAUUAAAGAAGCAAGUUUUGAAGGACAUGCUGGGUAUCUUCGAGCGUUAUUUGCUACCCUGCUUUUGUCAAAUACUCUAUCUCGGCCAGAAUUUGUUUGGGAGAAUACGUGGAAAUACUUAGCUGAUGAUAUUGUUUAUAGACGUCAAAAAGAAACAAAUAUUUCAGGUUUAGUGCUUCCUGAACAUCAGAUUAAGAACCUUACUUUGUUGAAAAUUGAAAACUAUUUAAUUUCCAAUGGUUCAUCAUUAUGA